UGCUCCCGCUCUCCCUUUCUCCUCCAAGCUGCGGUCAGUCCCUUGCUUCCGGACGACAGGAGAGUUCUUUCAGGACUAUUAGUCCCUGCUCUCCCGCAGGCUAAGAGCUAUAGCAGAGUCCCAAUUAGAUGCUACGGUUCCAGCCUGGCCAAGGUGAAGGAAAGUUGCUGUCGCGCCUGUGAAGUGGGUUUGCCUAUUAGGCGGCGGCGGAGGAGAGGUACUCAUCUGCGAACUACUCCCCUCCCCUUCGUGGAAGACCACUGGGUCCCCUUUUUCCCAACCUCCUCCUUUUCUUCUCCUCCCCACCCUCCCUUUUCCCACUCCCCACUGACUUGGAGGCCUGGAUGCUCGGCCACCGGGCAGUGGUCCAGCGCUCAAUCGGGAGGGGGCGGGUGCAGGGGGCAUUGUGACAGGAAGCGGAGCGCACAAGUUGGCCAUUUCGGGGGCAAAAUAAGUUCUCCCUUGGAUUUGAAAAAGACAAAGCCAGCAAGCUACAUCUUUUGUGUCGGAUGAGGAGGACCAACCAUGAGCGAGAGCCCGGUGCAGGCUCAGCCGCCGCCGCCGCCACCUCGGUCAGCUCCAGUCGCUGCCAGGAGUUGUCGACGCGAGGAAUUUGGUGACAGACUCUGUUAGUCUGUUCCUCCCUUAUUUGGGACAGGCCAAAGACCCAGAGUGGAGAUGAGAGAGGCGGACUAACAGGCAACAUUGGCUCCAUCCACUUAUUUCUCCAGGAGGUACAGAAACAGGAUUCAUGAAGAUGUUGACAAGACGCCAAGUUCUUACUUUAGCUUUGUUUUCAAAAGGAUUUUUACUCUGUUUAGGGGACCAUAACUUUUUGAGGCGAGAGAUUAAAAUAGAAGGUGACCUUGUUUUAGGGGGCCUAUUUCCUAUUAAUGAAAAAGGCACUGGAACAGAAGAAUGUGGGCGAAUAAAUGAAGACAGAGGCAUCCAGCGCCUGGAAGCCAUGUUAUUUGCUAUUGAUGAAAUCAACAAAGACAAUUAUUUGCUACCAGGAGUAAAACUGGGUGUUCACAUUUUGGAUACGUGCUCCAGGGAUACUUAUGCAUUAGAGCAAUCACUGGAAUUUGUCAGGGCAUCUUUGACUAAAGUGGAUGAAGCUGAGUAUAUGUGUCCUGAUGGAUCCUAUGCCAUUCAAGAGAAUAUUCCACUGCUCAUUGCAGGGGUCAUUGGCGGUUCUUACAGCAGUGUUUCCAUACAGGUGGCAAACCUGCUAAGGCUCUUCCAGAUUCCUCAAAUAAGCUACGCGUCCACCAGCGCCAAACUGAGCGACAAGUCACGCUAUGAUUACUUUGCCAGAACCGUGCCCCCCGACUUCUAUCAAGCCAAAGCCAUGGCUGAGAUCUUGCGUUUUUUCAACUGGACCUACGUGUCCACGGUUGCCUCAGAGGGCGACUACGGAGAGACAGGGAUCGAGGCUUUCGAGCAGGAAGCCCGCCUGCGCAACAUCUGCAUUGCCACAGCGGAGAAGGUGGGGCGCUCCAACAUCCGCAAGUCCUAUGACAGCGUGAUCCGCGAGCUGCUGCAGAAGCCCAACGCCCGCGUUGUAGUCCUCUUUAUGCGCAGUGAUGACUCGAGGGAGCUCAUUGCGGCUGCCAGCCGCGCCAACGCCUCCUUCACCUGGGUGGCCAGCGACGGCUGGGGUGCGCAAGAGAGCAUCAUCAAGGGCAGCGAGCAAGUGGCCUACGGCGCCAUCACCCUGGAGCUGGCCUCGCAGCCCGUCCGCCAGUUCGAUCGCUACUUCCAGAGCCUCAACCCUUACAACAACCACCGCAACCCCUGGUUCCGGGAUUUCUGGGAGCAGAAGUUCCAGUGCAGCCUCCAGAACAAGCGGAAUCACCGGCGAGCUUGCGACAAGCACCUAGCCAUCGACAGCAGCAACUACGAGCAAGAAUCCAAGAUCAUGUUUGUGGUGAAUGCAGUGUAUGCCAUGGCUCACGCCCUGCACAAAAUGCAGCGCACCCUCUGUCCCAACACCACCAAGCUUUGCGACGCUAUGAAGAUCCUGGAUGGCAAGAAGUUAUACAAGGAUUACUUGCUGAAAAUCAACUUCACAGCUCCAUUCAAUCCAAAUAAAGGUGCAGAUAGCAUUGUCAAGUUUGACGCUUUUGGAGAUGGAAUGGGACGAUACAACGUGUUCAAUUUUCAGAACGUGGGUGGCAAGUAUUCCUACUUGAAAGUUGGCCAUUGGGCAGAAACUUUAUCACUAGAUGUGGACUCUAUCCAUUGGUCCCGGAACUCAAUCCCCACUUCCCAGUGCAGUGACCCCUGUGCUCCCAAUGAAAUGAAAAAUAUGCAACCAGGGGAUGUCUGCUGCUGGAUCUGUAUCCCCUGUGAGCCCUACGAAUACCUGGUGGACGAGUUUACCUGUAUGGACUGUGGCCCCGGCCAGUGGCCCACUGCAGACCUCUCUGGCUGCUUUGAUCUUCCCGAGGACUACAUCAGGUGGGAAGAUGCCUGGGCCAUCGGCCCCGUCACCAUCGCCUGCCUGGGUUUUAUGUGUACAUGCAUGGUUGUGACUGUUUUUAUCAAGCACAAUAACACACCCUUGGUCAAAGCAUCUGGCCGAGAGCUGUGUUAUAUCCUGUUGUUUGGGGUUGGCUUAUCAUACUGCAUGACGUUUUUUUUCAUUGCCAAGCCAUCACCGGUCAUCUGUGCCCUGCGUCGGCUGGGCCUAGGGACCUCCUUUGCUAUCUGUUACUCAGCCCUGCUCACCAAGACAAACUGCAUCGCUCGCAUCUUCGACGGGGUAAAGAAUGGCGCUCAGAGGCCAAAAUUCAUCAGCCCGAGUUCUCAGGUUUUCAUCUGCCUGGGUCUGAUCCUGGUGCAAAUUGUGGUGGUAUCUGUGUGGCUCAUCCUGGAGGCUCCAGGCACCAGGCGGCACACCCUUCCGGAGAAGCGGGAAACAGUCAUCUUAAAAUGCAACGUGAGAGAUUCCAGCAUGUUGCUCUCCCUCACCUACGACGUGGUCCUAGUGAUCCUAUGCACUGUGUAUGCCUUCAAAACGCGGAAGUGCCCGGAAAAUUUCAACGAAGCCAAGUUCAUUGGCUUUACCAUGUACACCACGUGCAUCAUCUGGUUGGCCUUCCUCCCUAUAUUUUAUGUGACAUCAAGUGACUACAGAGUACAGACAACAACCAUGUGCAUCUCUGUUAGCCUGAGCGGCUUUGUGGUCCUGGGCUGUCUGUUUGCACCCAAGGUACACAUCAUUCUAUUCCAACCCCAGAAGAAUGUGGUCACACACAGGCUGCAUCUGAACAGGUUCAGUGUCAGUGGGACCGGGACCACGUACUCUCAGUCCUUAGAAGCAAAGGGACUUUCCAGAGCUGGUUCCCAAGGACAGGCAAUCAAGAACGCGUGCUGCAAAUCCUCUGCAAGCACGUAUGUCCCGACAGUAUGCAACGGGCGGGAGGUCCUCGACUCCACCACCUCAUCUCUGUGAUUGUGAAUUGCAGUUCAGUUCUCGUGUUCUUAGACUGUUAGAAAAAAGUGCUCAAGUGCAGCUCCAGAAUAUGGAAACAAAGCAAAAGAAAAACCUAGUACCUUUUUUUUAGAAACAGUACAAUAAAUUAUUUUUGAGGACUGUACAGUAUAUAGUGAUGUGCUAGAAUUUUUAGGCUGAUUUUAGUGCCCCUAUUAUUAAUACUUCCUAGAACAUGGAAAUAACCAUUGUUUACAGAGCUGAGCAUUGGUGACAGGGUCUGACAGGGUCAGUCUACUGAAAAAUAUGGUGGCAAUAUUAGGUAACUUUUUUUCCUAUGAAGUUUUUGUAGGUCCUUGUUGUAACUAAUUUAGGAUGAGUUUCUAUGUUGUAUAUUAAAGUUACAUUAUGUGUAACAGAUUGUUUUUCUCAGCACAAAAAUAAAAAGCAUCUGUAUUAA